CACACACUUGUUCGUGGUUUACAAUAGUUUACAAUUUGUAGGUGUGUCCGCGUUGAUGAUACAUCCUAACGACGGGGAAAAAGUAUUCUUUACCCCUGGAAAUUCGAGAAAUCCGUAAACAAUGAAUUACGGAAAAAAAUCACCCAGCAUGGGCACUCCGUCCAUAUACUCCCACGUAACUACCCGGAGCAGUGCCAACCUGAGAUCAUCCAGAUCAACGAAAAGUGUAGUGAUACCGUGGUACCAGAGGCCAAUUCUCACGAAGGCCUUUUUCUCAGAUAUUCCGAGGAGUGCUAUGUUCACCGCUGCUUUUGGAGUGUUCUUGGCACUCUUCACGAUCUGCAGUGCAGCCUUCGAUAUUUACUGCCUCUCCCAAGCAACACCAGGAUCCACACACUACGGAUUUUAUAUAAUAUCUUAUGAAUUUGUUUACGUAGGGAAUAAACACAUUCGAAAUGCUCUUCUCGUCGCAGCUCUGUUCUCGAUGCUCGGGGCAAUUGCAGUCCUAGUCACUUCAAUAAUCCUAAUAAAUGCAUUGCGAAAAGAAUACGAGAAGAAAAUGAUUCCAUGGUUGUACUGUUUCGCUGGUUUUAUUAUAUUCAGAGUACUCGCCUUUUUACUCUUCUGCAUUGUCAAUGAUAUGAUAUUUGCUUACAAUAUCAUGAUGUGCCUUCUCUGGAUUAUUUUUAUAUUGUUCUCUGUGUAUGGGUGGCUGAUUGUUUACACAUUGUAUUUGGAACUGUCGGAUCUCAGUCGACUCGAGGAUUUGGCACAUUUGAGAAUGGGGACGAUGCAGUCAUUAAAUGCAUCAACGACUCAUUCAAUCGCCGGAUCUCGUCCUACCACACCUCACAGUACUGUUCUGACCAUGCCCAUAUAAUUAAUAAGAAUCCUCAUCUAAUUAUUGAAAGAAAGGAGGAACAUGUGUUCAGAAAAAAAAAUUUGUUGUUCAUGUUUUGACGAAAUUUUUAAAAUCAAAUGUUGAUCGAUCGCUGAAAGGAGAUGAAUUUAAGCAAACAAAGUUAUGCUUUAUAGAAACUACGUAGUGAUUAAUGCACGAGCAGAUUGCAAAACCUUUAUCGUCGAGUUUCUCUUGCAUCAGACAAACUCGACGAUUUAUUUUAAGAGAUUAAGAAUUUACUUCCUGAAUAUUUUACAACUAAUGUACAUAUCGCGUUCAUCGCUGAACUCCGAAACGAGACCGAACUUUGAAGAUUUUUUAUAUAAUUUUUUUUCUUUGUAUCCUGCGUGUACAAAUGAUAACUCGAGUCUGGAAGACUCGUGAGGAAUUAUUUCCGUCCAUUUUUGCGAUAAGAUUAAUAAAAGAUAUUUUAUAUUAAAGAA